AUGGCUUUUGUGAAGUGCCCAUACAACAACUUCUGCACCGUCGGACGCUUCCCGACCAUUAAAGUGCAUGGGGACGACUGCCGGAAAAUAGCAUGCGACGCACCUGUUUGCGCUAAACCUUGUGUAAACCCGUGCUCUGUAUCUUGGGUAAACCCUUGGGUUAACCCAUAUGCUAACUCUUGCGUUAACCCAUGCAUUAACCCUUACGUGAAUCCAUGCGCUAACCCCUGGGUGAAUCCAUGGGUGAAUCCAUGCGUCGAAUCUCAUGUUAACCCCUGUGCUAAUCCUUGUGCCAAUCCUUGUGUACACCCUUGCAACUACGUCACACCAGGCCGUGAUUAUGAUUGUAAGGAGGUUGUCCUCAAGGAUUGUGCAGAUGAUUGUCUAAGCAAGAAAGUCUGUGGAGGCGACGAUCUAACCCUUCGGGUAUGCAAAGUUGACCUUCUUAAGUGCAGGAACGGGCCGAAUCGUCUUGAGCAUCACACACAUUUUUUCCUUGAUGAACAUCUCAUCGUCCGCAGAGGGCAAUGUUUCAAUAUGUGGCUUGAUCUCUCACGACCAUUUAAUGCAACUUGUGACCAACUUCACCUGGAGCUGAAACUCGGUCAUAUCCCAUCUAUCCGGGACGGCACAUAUGUGAUCGUACCAUUAGUGAAUGAAUUCAAGAAAAACUGCUGGGGAGCCAAGAUCGUCGAACAAUGCCAAAACCGAAUCAAACUGUGCGUUAACUCCGUUCCAACUGCGUGUAUCGGACGAUACACGUUCAACGUCGUAACGCACUGCAAAGGGGGCAGAUACACUUCACCAUGCAUCCCUGACAAUGACAUUUACAUGCUGUUCAACCCUUGGUGUAGAGAUGACUGUGUGUACAUGGAAGAGGAUGCAGAGAGAACCGAGUAUGUGCUGAAUGACACGGGCAGAAUCUACUAUGGGACUAAACAACAAAUUGGAUGCAAAACCUGGAACUUUGGUCAAUUUGAAGAAGGAGUCUUAGCUUCAUGUUUGUAUGUGCUGGAUAAGAGUUGUACACCUUGCUCAGGAUGGCGAAGCCCCGUUAACAUCGCCAGAGUGGUCUCAGACAUGGUUAUUGCCAACAAAGACUGUGGUGUGCUGAUGGGUAACUGGUCAAAUUGCUACGGAGGUGGAAUUUCUCCGACAGCCUGGUGUGGCAGCGCUCCCAUUCUGAAACAGUACUUCAAAAGUGGAGGAGUCCCCGUCAAAUACGGACAGAGCUUGGCUUUCGCUGGAGUCACCAAUACGAUGAUGAGAUGUUUCGGUAUUCCCACUCGUCCCGUCUCCAACUUCCUGUCUGCUCAUGACACUGAUGUUUGCCUGACAACAGACGUUUAUCUAGAUGAGAAAUUUCAGCUGAUUGAUCAUCUGAACCGUGAUUCAAUCUGGAACUACCAUGUUUGGAAUGAGGCCUGGAUGGCCCGGCCCGACCUGCCAAGUGGUUUUGGAGGUUGGCAGGUGGUUGACUCCACUCCUCAGCUGACCAGUCAGGGUUUCUAUCGCUGCGGCCCCACCUCCGUCGCUGCCAUCCGUACCGGGCAGGUCUUCCUGAAGCAUGAUGCAUCCUACAUGUUUGCUGAGGUGAACAAUGAUAGAGUCUACUGGCAGAGGAAAUGCAAUGGGACCUUCGAUGUCGUCCAUGUUGAGAAGGAUAUAGCUGGUCAUUGCAUCAGCACCAAGGCUGUUGGAUCAGAUCAACGCGUCGAUAUCACGAACCUCUAUAAGUACACUAAAGGUACGGAGGACAGGUGCGUUGCUUGGGACACAGCCUGUCGAUACGGCGCUAGGCAAUGCGCAUACUCUCUGCCGUGCGCUGAGGAUGUAGCCGUUAAAGUCACCAUGCAGGGAGAUGGACCGUACCUGGGCAAGGAUGCUGUGCUUUGCAUCAAUCUGAAAAACAAAUGCAACUCACCUCGUAGCCUCACCCUGUACAGCCAAGCAGUGGCCAUGUACCACACCGGUGUCCACAGGGCUUUCCUGAAGAGAGACCAGACAUGCUUUGAACUGAAGGCCUGUGAAUCCAAGACUCUGGAAUGGACCCUGCGUUACGAUGAGUACAAGGAACAUCUGGUGGACCACGCUCCUCUAAUGCUCAAUCUCAUUGGACACGUGGAGCAAACCAAGCAAGUUGUGGCCACCCAAUUCGGCUUCAGACUGCGCACGCCGGAUCUGAUACUUACCCCUGUUUGUGAUGCCAUCAUGGGCAAGGAGGUGCCAGUUAAGGUCACGUUCCAGAAUCCACUGCAUUGCCCGCUGAGGAACGUCGUUUUCCGAUUUGAAGGUCUGGGAAUGAAGCAUGCCAAAACUGUUUCCUAUGGUGAAAUUGGAAGCCAAUCCACGGUGUGUCUGACGGAGAAGUUUGUCCCCACCCGAUGCGGCCCUCAAAAACUUCUGGCAACGCUCGACUGUCCUCAUCUGACUCAGGUGCACGGAUGCGCCAACAUUGUUGUCAAACAGCCAACAUGUUAA